AUGGCCCUCACCCGAUUCUCAGUUUUGGCUCUUCUCGCCUUGUCGGCGAUUGUGCAAGCUGGUGUAUACCAGAGGUUCUCCGACAUUCAGAAUGUUAAAUUUGAUUUUGUUGUCGUCGGAGGCGGAACAGCUGGCAACGUCCUUGCGAAUCGCCUGACGGAAAAUCCCAAGUUCAAUGUUCUUGUUUUGGAGGCGGGCCCGUCGCACGACGGAGUCCUGGAUGCCCAAGUUCCGUUCCUGGCAGGCAACCUAUGGAAUACUCCUUACGACUGGAAUUAUACGACUACGCCCCAAAGUGCCCUGCAAGGCAGGACUGUAGUUUAUCCUAGAGGCCAUAUUCUUGGAGGUUCGAGCUCGAUUAAUUUCAUGAUCUACACCCGCGGUCCAUCCUCGCAAUACGAUGAUUAUGCACGCAUCGUCGGCGACCCAGGCUGGUCAUGGAAUCGACUUCAGCCAUACUUCCGAAGGAAUGAGCGUUGGGUCGAACCUGCAGACCGACACGAUACCCGAGGGCAAUUCGACCCUUCCAUUCACUCCAAGAAAGGCAUCAAUGCUGUCAGCCUCGCCGGGUUUCCAACCCCUGUAGAUGGGAUGAUCGUUGGCGCUGCGAAGCAGCUAGGGGGUGACUACCGCUACAAUUUGGAUUAUAGCUCUGGCAAUAUGUUGGGUAUCGGAUGGGUUCAGACAACUAUCGAUGGAGCGUCGAGGAGCAGCUCGGCGACGUCGUACCUUGGAAGCCGCUAUUUGGGAAGGAGAAACCUUUACGUCGUGUUGAAUGCGCAAGUUUCCAAGCUGGUACACACCUCCGGUACUCGGGUUCCUGCAUUUAGAGGAGUCGAGUUCCGUGAGAACGGCGGAGGCCCUCUCAAGCGCGUAACGGCAACAAAAGAGGUUCUUCUCUGUGCAGGUGCUAUCGGCUCUCCCCACAUCUUACUCAACUCCGGCAUCGGCGACGCCAAAGCUCUCAAGUCCAUCGGGGUCAGGUCCAUCGUCAACCUACCUGAUGUUGGGCGCCACCUCGGCGACCACGUCGCGACAGCCAAUCCCUGGAUCGUCAAUGGGAAUCAGACCUUUGAGACUCUGAAAGAGCCUGAUGAGAGUGCGGAAUUCCUUCAACAGUGGAAGCAGAACGGGACUGGGCCAUUCGUCAACACGAUUGUCUCUCAUCUGGGUUUCUUCCGCGCGAAAGGUAGCCCUAAAUCCUCGAAUACACCCGAGUACGAGUUCCUGAUUUCGAAUGGCCUGAUCAUUCCUAAUCCCCUCGUUCCUUCUGGACGGAAUUUCUUUACAAUUGUCACAGCCCUGAUGACACCUAAAUCCACCGGCUCUGUCCGACUUAGGUCCAGUAAUCCCUUUGAUGCACCGCUCGUCGAUCCGGGAUUCCUCAAAGACAAAUCAGACGUAGACCUUCUCAAGGAGUCGAUAAAGAGUGCAUUCAAGUUCGUUGCGGCUCCGACAUGGUCGAAAUACAUCGUUGCGCCGACUGGUGGGCUGGAAAGCACGAACACGGAUGCUGGGUUGGAAGACUUCAUCUUGAAUAACGCCGGAACGUUCUUCCACCCUACGAGUUCGGCCAAGAUGUCCAAGAAGGGAGCCAAGGAUGGCGUCGUUGAUCCUGAUCUGAAAGUUAAGAACGUGGAUGGAUUGCGGGUUGUAGAUGCUUCGAUCUUCCCUUAUAUCUUCGGCGCUCAUCCGCAGGCUGCGGUUUAUGUCUAUGCGGAACGAGCUUCAGAUUUGAUCAAGGCUGCAUACUCUGCCUAA